GUCCUGUCUGUUAAAGACGUGAGUCUGGUUCCUCUAACUCUUCUUGUUUUUCAGCGAGCACUAACGAUGUGGAAGGCAGCAGCAGGACAGUCGGUCAGCGUGGCUGUGAAUGACGAAGGGGACGACUGGGAGACUGACCCCGACUUUGAGAAUGACGUGUCGGAGAAGGAGCAGCGCUGGGGGGCCAAGACGGUGUCGGGCUCGGGACAUCAGGAGCACAUAGACAUCCACCGGCUGCGUGAGACGGUGUCCACGGAGCACACCAGCCUGAAGCAGAAGGAGCUGGAGACCAUGCCCAAAGCCUCGCAUGGAUACGGAGGGAAAUUUGGAGUGCAGCAGGACCGCAUGGACAAGUCUGCUGUGGGUCACGACUACCAGAGCAAGUUGUCCAAGCACUGUUCCCAGACGGACACCUCCAAGGGCUUUGGAGGGAAGUUUGGAGUGCAGGCUGACCGCGUCGACCAGUCAGCUGUUGGGUUCGAGUAUGCUGGGAAGACGGAGAAACACGCUUCGCAGAGAGACUACACCACUGGGUUUGGGGGGCGAUACGGAGUGCAGGCAGAUCGUGUCGACGAGAGCGCAAUGGGCUUCGAUUACCAGGGCAAAACCGAGAAACACGAGUCCCAGAAAGAUUAUGCCAAGGGCUUUGGCGGAAAGUUUGGCGUUGAGACCGACAAGGUGGACAAGAGCGCUGUGGGCUUUGAGUACCAGGGCAAAACGGAGAGGCACGAGUCACAGAAAGACUAUGUGAAAGGCUUCGGGGGCAAGUUUGGUGUGCAGACGGACAGACAGGAUAAGUCGGCACUGGGAUGGGACCACCAGGAGAAACUACAGCUCCACGAGUCCCAGAAAGACUAUAAGCGUGGGUUUGGAGGGCGGUAUGGGGUAGAGGUGGAGAAGCAGGACCAGUGUGCCCUGGGCUAUGAGCACAAGGAGAGCCUGGCCAAGCACGAGUCCCAGAAAGAUUAUUCGAAAGGAUUUGGAGGGAAGUUUGGAGUCCAGAAUGACCGUAUGGAUAAGAGCGCCGGGACUUUCGAUGAGGUGGAGAAGCCGAGCCCGUCUUACCAGAAAACCAAACCUGUGGAGGCCGCCGGCAGCAGCACGGGGAGCAUCAAGGCCCGCUUCGAGAACAUCGCCAAGCAGAAGGAGGAGGAGGACAGGAAGAGGGCCGAGGAGGAGCGGGCGCGUCGGCAGGCCAAGGAGAAGCAGGAGCAAGAGGAGGCGCGGCGUAAAAUCGAAGCCACGCCCAAGGCCCCCUCCCCCGUCCCUGCUGCGAGUCCCAGUCCCACCCCCAGCCCGACUCCACCGGUCCAGCCAGCUGCUGCCCCGACAUACGAGAACACAGAGGAACCGACCUACGAGACUGCCGAGGAGAACGGAGAGCAGCUGUACGCGGCGGAGCCACAGAACCAGUACACACAGCCGGAGGAGCAGGAGCUGUACCAGACCCCCGAGGAGGCUGCGACAGGAGACGGCCAGCAGUACGAGUACGGCGAGGACCUCGGGGUGACGGCGGUGGCCCUGUACGACUACCAAGCAGCCGGCGACGACGAGAUUUCCUUCGACCCCGACGACAUCAUCACCAACAUCGAGAUGAUCGACGAGGGCUGGUGGCGAGGCGUGUGCAGAGGCGCCUACGGCCUGUUCCCGGCCAACUACGUGGAGGUUCGGCAAUGAUGACGCCCCCCGAGCCCCGUGUCCCCGUCCUCGUGCAAGAAAACAAAAAAAACAACUUCCUUUUCACACUUCGGUCUUCUCUUUCUUCACCUCAUCUUACCGCUUCGACAUCCUCAGGUCUCCUCGCUGGCUUUUUCCUUUGCUCCCUUCUUCCAUCCCUCCUCCACUCAGAUUCACCCGUCUCCCUCCGUGCAGCAGCAGACAGGGAGGAGUCGUUCUCCUCAGAGAGCUUGUUACACUUUAAAGCUGCAGAAUGCGUCUGGCUGAGCGGGAGCUGCAUGUAGAGCUUCACACGCGUUAGUCACCAAAGAGCAGAGCCUCUACGCAGCCUGCUCGCCGGGCUCAGGCUGCUCUCUGCUUAUAUUGACUAUAAACGAUCAAUACUCUCAGAGAAACGGGGCCAUAGUGUUGCACUACAGCUCAUAGUAUUAUUUUAAUCCUCUUUAACUGUUGCUCAGAAUCAUGUACAGAGAGAUCAUACGAUUGAGAAAUUAUAGAAAACGUAUUUUUGUUGCGUCACUGUGGGUUUUCUUCGGGUGUGGACGAGACGUUUGUGUUUGUGUCUUGCUGAAUGCUCGUGGGGGGGGCGGGGUCUCUGUCAGAAUACGUCGGUACGCACACACUAACAUCCCUCAUGACCAAACGACGCGUGCUGACCUUCAGAAACCCGCAGUCCAGGCGGGCCCCGUCAUUAAGGGGCGGGGCUUUGGUGGAUCCGACAAACACUAAUUAUUUCCUGACGGACGAGCAGCUCGUCUGUGGAUCGCAGUAGUGUAGCUGAAACAGGUGUGUGUGUGUGUGAGUGAGUGUGUGUGUGAGAGGGCUUUCAUUAAAUUCAUCUUUGGGGUUUUAUAAUAAAAGUGACCUUUUCAAAUGCAUUAUUUUUAUCUGUACUUCUGUUUGCUCGAGUCACAUCAUUACCUGCUUGUUCUUUUUUUUUAGUUUCAAUAAAUAAACUAUUAUGAUGA